CUAACAGCCAAACUUUCGAGACGUCAUAGCUCGCUCAUCUUCCAGUUUCGAACCGGCCACGCUCCGCUGAACAAACACCUCAACAGAAUCAAUAGGUCCACUACCCCAAAAUGCCCCAGAUGCGACAGAGAAGAAACCACUCACCACUUCCUAAUAGCAUGCCCAGCGUACGCGAGACUCAGAAUCGCGCUCAUAGAUGAAGUCGGAACACGCGCACGAGACCUGAAAUACCUUCUCAACCACCCAAAAUGCAUCAAACCCACACUCAGAUUCAUAGCCAAGUCCAAACGCCUAGAGACAAUUUUUGGAGACGUA